CAAGAAACGCCAGGCACAGGUCGAAGCCGAACAACUCGAGAAGAAGCGAGCCAAAGCGGAGACGCAUGCUGCGAAAGUGGAAGAGGAGGAUCCAUUCAAUUGAGCGAUUGUCGCAGCUUGUCGUUUCCUUCCGUCGUUGCUGUGUGUGACCAGCUUGACGCGUUUGGCGAUUCGUGCCGACGCUCAAAAGAUGCUAGCGAGGCUUACCUGGACGCUCUUCCUGGCUGCGAGCGUGCAUGGACUCGUAUGGAAGACGUUCAAGAUUGUCUUGCAGGGCUCACUCAGGCUUGACGACCCGCUCUAUCCCGCGGUCCGGCUACUUACUGUCAAUGCUGACAACCCGGGCAACAUCUAUGCGACCUUGUACGAUGACGGGCGCAAGCCCACAUCGUAUGGCGCUUCGAACAAGAACAUAGCUAUCGUCAACCAUGGCUUCGAUAGCAAGUCGCUGCAAUAUAAGCUGGAGAUCAGCACAUCAGCGACGAUCGCGCAAGACAAUACAUGCUGUCAAGCCGCUAAUCUCGCUGCAAACUUCGUACUCAGCGUGAAUGACGAUGUCGAGAGCAAAGGAGCCCAUCUCGUCUUCGAGACGUUCUGUACAGGCAGUAAGCCGUGGUGCGACAUCAAGCCCACCAUCAGAGUCUAUGCUGCCGAAGACGAUGGCACGACGGCUACACCGAUAUGAUGCUUGCAAUCAUACAAUCCCUUUGGGCGCUUCCCGUGGUGCCGGAAACAUGGGCUCACGUAAUCGGCUCGCCCGAGCUCGCACGGCGGCUGCAAUGAGCAGGUAAAAUGCGCCGUCUAUGCUCUGGUAGACGAGCGAUGCCAGGACUGCUGUAACGACAUAGAACGUGAUCUUCACGCUGUGAUGCCUGUUGAGGUGAUAUUAGCUUCUGAGCGUAGGCAUGCGCGUUCACUCACCGGUACAAAGCGGACUGCCGUAAGAGAGGCAGAGGCCACUCGAACGCGAGCAUUAUCAAUGCGUGGACCUGCAGAGGUCGUCAGCGAGCAUCUUCAUGCUCAACGCGGCU